UUGGUCUGUGAGGAAGGGCGAAAGGUGACGCUCGAAUGAAAAGGAAAACACAAGACAAUUUUACCCCGACCGGGUAGAGGCUUCCAGUUCCACACGGCCAGCCACAACUUGUUGUUUUUGCAGAUCAAUAUGAAUUUGCAUGUUGUGAAAUGGAUUUGUGAAUAGGUAGGAAGUAGCUACCUUGUAAUGUCACUGGCUGUAGCAGACAAGCUUCUGAGAGCCUUCGAAGCUUUAAAGAACUUCAAGGAUGGAACGUCUAAUUCAGAUCCCAACGUCGCUGUCACAGUCAAAAAGAAAGAGUCCACACUCUCUAAAAAGGAUAGAAUAACUAAUUUAAAUAUAAUUGGGGAUUUGACAUGCUCACCACUUUUGAGAAAUCUUGGUGAAUUUGGCAAGCUUAUUGCAGUCUCAAUUGAAACUCUGCUUUCGUUCUGUGAUGAUCCAGAGCCAGAUGUUCGUCUUGUGGCUGGGGACUGCAUUAAUCGCAUCACCAAGGGUUUUAUGGAUAGCAACGUUGCUCGUAUUCAUGUGGAACUGUACAAAGAAAUAAAAAAGAAUGGCAAUUCAAGAUGUCUCAGAGCAGCAUUGUCAAAGUUUACUGAAAUCUGUUAUUUAAUACGACCCCACAAAUGCAGGCCUUUCAUCACAAAUCUUUUACCAUGCUUGGCAAGAAUAUGUUCUAGACCUGAAGAGUCAGUCCAGGAAACACUAGCAAUUGCAAUGAAAAGAAUGAUGCCAGUUCUUGGUGCAUUUAUGAAUGACAAAGAGACGAAGAUUUUAUUGAAAACGUUUCUUCAAAACGUCCAUUCAACUUCUGCGCAAACACGACGUACAUCAGCAUCGUCAAUAACUAUGAUUUGUCUUCAUGCAAGAAAACCUUCAGUGUUCUUCUCCUGGGUUAUAAACAUAUUGCUUGAGUCCAUGUUGCCGUUCUCAGUGGAUCAAAAUUCGCCGGCAUACUGUGGUGCUUUGCUUUGCUUGCGUCAUAUCGUGCCUCACCUUGGCAACGAGGAACAGGAGAACGAAGUUGUCAUGCGUGGAAGCUUCGGUGUCAUUCAUCAACAGAAACGAAAUGGUAGCGAGGAAAUGCUGGAGAAGGAAGAAAAACAGCUUCUUCAGAUGUACAAAUUGGUGAUGCUCUCGACUAAACAUUGCGAUCACAACGUUGUGACUGCUGGCCUUGAAGCGUUGCAGCAGUUACUGCAAUCACCACCAAGGAAGUUGCUUUAUCAACUUAUGUCUCAGCAAGGACUUGCGGCGUUUUCAAAUAAGGAUCGCUCAGAGAGUUUUCUUAGCACAUCGUUGGAAGAUAUCGAUUCGCUUUCCUUCGCGUCGCAACAAGAUUCUGGUAUCGAGGAACCGCUGAGCGAGAUGAGCGUAGAUGGAGGGAGCGUGAAGGACGGAGAAAUGGGCACGAGCGUUGCAGAUAUUCAAGAACUGCGUAGACAUUUCUCUCAGCCUGAGGACAGCACAUCCGUGGGCAGUAUCGAAACAGCAUCAGAAAUUUCAGAGAAUGGCGUCGAAGGAUCCAGUUCUGUGGAUACAGAAAGCGACAGCAAUUUGGGCCAUCACAGAUCCGACUCCAACACAAGCGGUAUUCUCACCCAGGCCAGCUCGACCGAUGAGCUGGACAGGGAUGAAAAGGAACAAGAGAUAAUAGCCAUGGAUGACCAGGAACCAGAGUUUGAAAACGACGAAAGCAAAGGUGUCGACGACGGGUUUAACAUCGACCCGGUUGUUUGCGAAGGCGUGCCUUUGCUUCAUUGCGCAAGGGUGAUGUGUUCGUUUCUACUCUCGGGAAAGAGCGGCGAGAUAUUGUCGGAUCGCAAGGUUCGCGUCAGUGUUAAAUCGCUCGCGUUGAACUGCUUGGGUGCCAUAUUUAAGAUCUAUCCGCAAGUAUUUCUGGCGCGUGUUCUACCAGCAGGAGAGGGCGAGGAGACUGGUGAUGAGAGCUACCAACAGAUGAUACGAGAAGUGUUGUUGUAUGUGGAACAUCACGAUCCUACCAUUCGAGGCAGCCUUGCCGUGUUGUUAGGAAAUUUUAUUAAUUCCUCUCUUGUAAGAUCAAGGUACGACUUUGAAACGUGGUCUUCUGACGUGUGUGAUCAACUUAACACGGAUCAUGUGAAGAUCGAUGAUCUGUUAGGCGUCUUGGAAAAGAUACUUCUCGACGAUUCUUCGUUCACCGUGAAAUUGGCCUGUCUAGGAGUACAGCAAUGUCUUCCAGCUCUUUGCCUAAGUUCUUAUACAACCCUGACACUACAACUUUGUCUUAAAUUGGUGCGGUUAAAACAGAAUUCAUAUUGGCUAGUCAAGUGCGAACUUCUACAGAUAAUUGGGAACCUGAACUACAGUUUGAUCGCUUUCCUUGAAAAACAAGCCAGUUGCAUUUCAUCCGAGCAAUCUACGAAAACGUGUUUCAAUCUUCAACAAACAUUCUUUCGCGAUGUCCUGCUAGAAUUGCUCGCAGAUGAUGACCCGAGAGUCAGGUCUGAAGCGACAGAAACCAUUGUAAAAUUGGUUCGAAAUAUGCAUGUUGAAAAUGAACAGCCAUUGAUCGCUAUUGCCAAAAGAUCUUUAAGAGAAACGUUUGGCUCUUCAUAUGGAAAUGAAAAUUUUGUCAUCAAGGCAAACCUUGCUAGGGUCGUGACAUCACUCAGUCAAAAACUCAAUGUGGCUACUUCAAAGCACUCAUUGUUAGGUUACUGCGAGGCGUUGUCGUCACUUUCAAAGUCGUACCCAGUACCCAGCUGGCCUGUGUGCUGGUCAUGUGACGUACACGCCAUCACGCGUAGUCCUUCCCCAACGGGAAAAACCGGAUUUACUGGUCACGUGUUUCCAUCGGCCUCUUCUCCAAAUGAACCGCUUGUGUCUUCUAUACUUUGCAAUAACGGUGGUGGUUCGCUGUCGUUCGUCAUCGAACUCAUGACGUCAUCUUGGCUCACGUUUAAUCUCCACGGUCACGAAGAUGCUCUUUUGUUGGUUGGUAAUCUUCUCAUUGGCAUAGCAAGCAGUUCUUUAACCCUUGGUCAUUCUGACGUCAGCUCCACGGAGUCGCCUGGGAAAUGGUCCGUCUUCGCUGAUCUCUCAAUUGCUGCUUUGGCUGACAAAGUUUUUGUUCAUGUUCUCAGAUUGUUAAAUAUUUGUUUUCAUGUUAUUGAUAAUGUCACGCCCGGGGCCCACAGUGCAAAGCCGUCGUUGCUCAGUAAAGACAAGGACAAAUCCUCGGCCCCAAUCCCCGGAGCAGCCGUUCCAACAUCAAACCCAACUUCGACCGCUCCAAAUAUUCCCGGUUCUAAAAGACUACUAAACAGAUCGCGUAGAAACACUGAGACGGACGCGGCUGGUGUCGGGGGCGAAAAGGGAUCGACUGGGAAAGGCAGCGAUAGCGAGGGAAAGUCGAGUACAACCGGGACAUUGCUAGGACAGUUUCAUCAUCUUCCACAUUAUCAUCAACUAUACGAAGUUAUCAAAGGCGUCUUUUCAAAUUACAAGGUAAAUCUUAAAUUUAAUGAGGACGAUAAGUUUGUGAAGCUACUCAAGACAAUCUUGACAGUUUUUGCAAUGCUGCUAGAAAUUGUCACGUUCUCGGACAUAGGAAAGAAUGUGGAAGAAAUAAUUAGCUAUUUACAAGCGACGGUUAAAUGCGACCCUGCGACCACAUUUCUUUGCGUUCAACAGAUGUUGCGUGCCAUAUUUGGUGUAAACGUGGCUACACAGCCGGAAAGCUGUUCCUCGAACUCGCCUUACCAAAAAGAUGCGCUGAUCACGGACAUCCAACUACCGUCAUCUCUGGAAGUGUUGGUGAAGAAUUCGGGUGAUGCUGGAUUUUAUCAUUCGUAUUUUGAAGGAUUUCAACAAGAGCUCACGCGAACAUUUGAGGAAAUCAGAAAAAGUGAUAAUGAAGCGAAGGAAAGCAAAAGCUUCAAAGACUUUGGUUUCAUAAAAAGGCUUCGAGAACGACGUUCAUCAUUUAGACCACCAUUGAAGGUAGAUAAGCAAGUUCAUAUUCAUACGUACAUCAGAAUGUUUGAACCGUUGGUGAUUCAAGCCUUAAAAGAAUACACAAGUUCUAGCGAUAUCCGUGUUCAAGCGCAGGUUCUUAGUAUCUUGGUUCAACUCAUCAGGUUGAGAGUGAAUUAUGCUCUUCUUGAUUCGGAACAGGCAUUCUUGAAUUUUGUUCUGAAGCAGUUUGAAUUUAUCGAAGCUGGUCAAAUAAGACACAUAGAAACGUUUUCCCCGCACAUAUUCCAGUUUCUCAUCCUGCUUUCCUACGAGUGUUUCCAACCGAAAUUCAACCAAGCAAAAUCUGUGUUUGGGAUGUCGAGAAUAAUUCAAGUCUGUGACGAUCUCAUGGCGUGUGGCCAGUCCGCAAGAACACACGCCAUUCCAGCACUUUGCCCAAUCGUGUACGAUUUAUUUGACACCCAAGCGACUGGAAGAAAUGAAAACACCAAAGAACUUGAAACACAAAGAGAAGUGUUUAUUUCAAUGUUACUCAGACUGGCUCAAUUUCCCGAGGUUCUCAACCUGCUUGUCUAUGUCCUGACGUUCUAUCGGAAAAACGAUGAAAAGUGGAAGAAAUUUUCCAGACAAGCUGUCGACAUUACUUUACAAAUGCUAAUCAAGCAACAGGUUAUCAUUGAUGACAUGGAAGGUCUGAAGAGUCUGGAAAAUCUCUUUGACUCUGUUGCUCCUAUUGCACUCCGUCCUCUUGAUGUGAUUUUGAAGGCAAUAUUUGCCCCGGCAAUCUUACCAAGCACGUUGCUGAUGAAAAGAUGGCUCUCUCAAGUCAUCGUGCUGCUCAAAGUGAUCGUCACCCAUAGCACUGAAGAGAAUCUUUUAUCACGAAUAACACAACUGGGGUUCACCGGCGGAUUAACUGGGAACAUUAUGGAUGACGAGGAGCUCGAUGUGUCUAAUAUAAUAUCGGAGAGCAAUCCAGCCAGGGUUAUGGCUUAUUUCCUAUUCCGAGCUCUCUAUUUGGCCGUCAAGAAUUCAUCGAUGGUGGCAGAUUUACAAGAUCAGGAUGGUGUUGAGUUUAUAUCGCAACAGACAUCCAGUUUAAUGUUGUAUAUUCAGGAAAUAACGAGAUCAGGUCUAUUCAAGAACCUUAGCCGCGCAUGCUCGGAUAUUCUGAAAGAACACUUGGUCAGCGGCGAUAAGCCUUCCCAAGCCAUGGAAACGAUAAUAAAGAGGAUUCACGAGAUAUGCGUGUCGAUUAAAGAGACCCAACCUGUCCUGUGUCUCCAGUGGAUACAACUCGUGUUUCUCUUUGAGUUUGACAACGAUGCCUGGUGGAGAUCAUUGCAAGGUGAAAUGAUGAGUCAAAAACGUCUUUCGGUAAACGGACAUAUCUCUCUGAAGGGGACGUUUCUUGUUUGUUGCAAGAUACUAACAACCCAAUUAAAACAAGUUGAAGACACCAGUGAAUUUCAAAACUUCCUGGAGGGAAAUUUAUUAAAUAUAAUCGAGAUGGCUCGUGAACCACCGGUAAAGAUGUUAUUAAGACAAAUACACAGCAGUUCCACAUGCAGUCAAGCGUUCAUUGUUGUAGUCAAAGGCUCCUGUAGAAAUACAAAAAGUUGGACGAAGCACUCGUUGGAGUUCAGGAAGAAUUUGCUGGUCAUCUUGGACGACUUACACUAUAAGCAAUCAAACGAUCUCAUCCAACUGCUAAUCGCGGAUUUUCUCAACAGUCAUUAUCGCGCUAUAACGAGAAAAUGUGAGACGAUGAUCUGCAGUAGACUGGAGUACUGUAUGUCACUACCGAAAGAGGAAUUUGAAGAGUUUUUUUCUUCAGAAGAUAUAAAAGGCAUUCAUAAUUCAUUAGUUGCUAUUGGUGUCACGAAAAGAAAUCCGCGUUUGGCGUCUCUUAUAUCACAUCUCUCACCGGAGCCGUUCAGCGUGACAACAGUGGAGAACACAAUUGAUUGCAAGGCCGCAAUUUCUGCUCUGAAAACAAAACAAACAAUUAAUGUGAGCUGGUUUUACUCGUUUGUCCACAACUGUUGUUGUUCUGGCAAAAUGAAUGAAGUUGUCAUCAAAAGUUGCUCCGAAGUUGUACAUCUGUUGCAUGCCUUGAGCUUUGAAAAAAUCUCAGCAAUCAUGGAUGAAGAGAAAUUUAACACCACUUUGCUCUCUCCUUGCUUGGCAUUUGGGAUAAAAAAGACGAUUGAAAUUUCCUCAAGAAAAUUUGACCAUGAGACACCAAAUAGUCCAUUCGAGGACACAGCUUAUUUCGACAACUAUGGCGUGGACCAUUUAUUUCAAUGUUCGUUCGGACUGCUUCUAAGACACGUGCAAGAAAUCGUAUUCUGUGUCACGACGUUUGAUGAAAAUAAUGAACAAGAAAAACGAACUGAAAAUAGUGAACAAAUAAACCUGAUAAAAUCGACGAUUAAUUCUUCUCAAAUGGACGAGUUUUCACAAAACUUUGCGUGGAGACAAAGGCUACUGGAAAUCACGAAAGCGCUGGACGUGUAUUUGGCGAUGGUGGACAAAUUGCCAAUGGCGGCUCAGUUGCCCAAGGCUAUAUAUUGUGCUGUUUGUCAGUUUUCUAUGAUCGCUUUAGAGGUUUUGUGUCAAGAGCAAUGCAGGUAUUGUUGCACGUCAGAACUCGCUACUGUGCUUCGAUGUUUUUCCCAGAUCCUACACAGUCAACAUCUCCAUUGCAUUAUGAAUUCUACACAAUAUUCCUCUUGGGUUUGCAAUGCACUUCGCUCAGUUUAUUGUCUCGUGAGAAGAGUGUUUGUCCACCCGGGAGCAACAUUACCUGAGGAUAAAGCAUACGAUGAUUUAGUUGACUCUGAUAUCCCAUUGAAACAAGCAUCCAUGUUGGUCAAUUAUCUCUACACUUUCCUGAAUCAUAGUCACCAUUCUUCGGUUCCCGACACCCUCACGCGAUUAUUUCGCGAUGCGAUCACCGGUUUAUCCCGCCUCACCAUUUUCAACUCGUACGUCCGCAUUCCGCCACUCGUAUGGAAAAUGGGCUGGGCUCAUGAUCAAUGCGACAAAGAAUUGCCGCCAUUACCAAUUGAUAUUCUGAGAGAGAAAGAUGUUUUGCAGGAUUUCGUUUUAAGAGUUCAUUCCAUUGGUUGGAUUUCACGCCAGCAGUUCGAAGAAACUUGGGCUGCGUUACUUGGCGUUUUAAGUUCACCUCUGUCGCCUGAACAGACGUCAAGGGAGGAAGACAUUGAUUCUGUAAAGUCUGGGUGCUUAGCGUUGCAAUGCAUCACGGCACUUUUACUGCAAACGACACUCUGUCCGUCGCCUGGCAACCCUUCAAUUGGCACAAACCUUCACACGUCAAGGCAGAAGGAGUUGCCCUUUUUGGAUAGCAGAGCUGGGAAAAAAUUAUCCACGGUUCGAAAAAUAGUUGAAGAUCACUUUAUUCAACAAUGUCCCCAGAGUUCAACGUGGCAAACUAACGUUGACGGUGAAAAACUUUAUGGUGGAAAUAUCGAGAGAGUAUCUGGUUUGCAGUCGUACUCACUUGGACAGAUUUGCAUCAGUUCUCUUCAGAGCCAAUGCGUUCCUGUCGAUACCGGUGAAUUUUCCGAGACAAAUGCCACUUCAACGAAUUCCACUCAAGAAAAAAUCGAUGUUCGUUCUUGUGUCCAGUUUCUCAUGGAGUUAUUUGAGCAAUGGGUGUCUCCUUACACACAGCCGAAGACACCUCUGAUGUUGCUUACACAAUCUGUAAAGUCAUUACUCAUUAUUUCUGAUCUGUUCGUGGAUUCCGCGCAGUACGAGUGGAUGUUAAGUGAACUCCUUGAUCUCUGUCAAAACUAUCUCAACGAAGAUGAAAUUUUGAUGCAAUAUUUACUGCCUGCCUUGUGCAAGGCUUUGGCAGUUUUAAAAAUGGAAGGGGUUAUCCCAGAAAAAGUUGUCAAAAUAAUGGAAACAGCAUUCAAAGCUCCACAUGUCCCGCUUCAGGUUUCUGGCUUGUACGGAGCAUUAUAUCUUUUGGAAUCUCACACAACCUCAGUUACCAACUUGGUGAUACCACUUGUCACUGACUACGUCCUCAAAGUCUCUGCCCUUGUUACUGAUUCAAGCGUGUUUGGAGAACAUCGUUUGUUGGCAACCCUGUCUAUAUCAUUUUACAUGUUGGAACAUUACGGCAAUGAAAUUCCUGAUCUUGAAUUUAAAGGGAACUUCUUAACGACUGUUCUUACAAUGGCGUCAUCUGGCGAUGAAAACAUCCCACUCCAUCUUUAUCAUGCAAUUAUUCGUGGCUUGGAAAGGCUGGUCGUUUCAUUUUCGCUAUCGAGAGAAGACAGUGAUUCCUUGGUUAAGUUCAGUGUUGACAGAUUGGCGAUGAGGAAUCCCCAGAAGGCUAUUUCGGCCCUUGGUCUGUUGCUGACGUGUAUGUACACUGGCAAGGAAGGUGAUCGUCCUGGAGGACUGUUCUCAGAGAACGCACCCGUUGAUACACCCACAGAUGAUGUACUACUACUGGCUUUGGAAAGAGUUACUGCGCUUUUUGAUAGAAUUCGCAAAGGUUUUCGUUCAGAGGCGAAGCUAGUUUCAGAAAUCUUACCGAUAGUUUUAAGCGAUUUCUUCUCGCCUACGGACAUGAUGAAUAAAGUUAUCGGAGAAUUUCUCUCAAGUCAACAACCUUAUCCCGAGUUGAUGGCAUGUGUUUUAUAUAAGGUUUGUGAACACCUAAUAAGUAAGGGUCAACAAUCGUCCGUGAAAGACUGGAUCCUACUUUCACUCAGUAGUUUUACCCAAAGACCCCCACUGGGUAUGGCUGUAUGGAGUUUUACUUGUGUUUUUAUUGCCGCUUCGACGAACAGAUGGAUCAGAGCGUUAUUUCAACAUGUUGUUUCACGUAUUGGCAAACUGGAAAAUAUCGAUCGUACAUACUUUCUUAUUACUGCAACAGAUUUUUAUCAUAAUCAGAAUUUAACAGAGGACGAAAAGAAGUCAUUUUUCUCAACGUUUGAAAAAGUUUCUCAAGCAGGAACACCAUAUGCUGAACUUACGCAGAACAUUGAUUGAUCAAAGCAUCGGAUGGAGAUUUAUCAUUUAUGAUAAAAAAAACAUUGCCUCUGCAAUGAAAAUACAGUACAGGCAAAUCAGAUUCUUCGUAGAAAUCACAGAGUAAUUAUUAGGUAUUGUAAAAUUUAUUGAAGUAAAUAAGAAAUAAAUUAUUUU